GACAAGAUAUGGUCAUAGGCAAUGACACCCUUCUUUGUUGGUUGUAUAAAGUUGUCUUUUAUCAUGUUACAGUUGAUGCUACUGGCUUUUCGUAUGGAUUGAGCUACAGAGAGAUUAGUGAUUCAUGUUGAUAAGGGAAUUCUAUAUUUUACCUUUCACGCUUCUGAGUUCCAACCUGAUCUUUUCGUACUUGAUCUGCCAUUCUUUUACUUGGUCUCUUAAUGUCUUUAUUUCCUUGUCAGCUUCUUCUUUUUCGAACAUUAAUUCUUCAUUUGUUUUAGCCAUUCUUUUCAAUUCUUCUAUCAUCUCUCUCGUCUCACGCUUCACUUCACGAACAGCUUCUUGUUGUUUAUUAUAGUCUUGUUUAAGUGUUUGAUAUUUAUCAUCCAACUUUUUAUAUU